GCGUGGUCGCUGAUGAGGAGUUCCUGCCUUUCAAAGAAGACACGUUUGAUCUUGUUGUGAGCAGCUUGAGUUUACACUGGGUGAAUGACCUUCCAAAAGCUUUUAGAGAGCUUGAACCAGAUAAAGGCUUUUAGAUUCUUAAGAGAAGUGAAUAUUUGUUGAGGAGGAGAAACUGCAAACAUUAUGGAAGAAAUCAGAUUUGGGAUUAUUCAAACUCCUUACUGCAGAUUCACCAAGUUCUUAAGCCAGAUGGAGUCUUCAUUGGUGCAAUGUUUGGGGGAGACACCCUGUAUGAGCUUCGCUGCUCUCUGCAGCUAGCAGAAUUGGAGAGAGAAGGGGGAUUUUCUCCUCAUGUGUCCCCGUUUGUUGCUGUGUCAGAUCUGGGACAUCUCCUGUCAAGAGCUGGGUUUAACACCUUGACUGUGGAUACUGAUGAAAUUCAAGUAAACUAUCCAGGGUUGUUUGAGGUUAUGGAAGACUUGCAAGGUAUGGGAGAAAGUAAUUGCUCUUGGAAUAGAAAACCUCUGCUACACAGGGACACAAUGUUGGCAGCUGCAGCAAUAUACCAAGAGAUGUAUGGCAAUAGCGAUGGCUCAGUACCUGCCACUUUUCAGAUCUUCUACAUGAUUGGAUGGAAAUUCCACGAGUCACAGGCGAAACCUGCACAGAGAGGUUCUGCAACAGUUUCAUUGGGAGAUCUGGCAAAAAUAGAUAAACUUCUUCAUGAGAAAUAAAAGUUGUUUUUGAGCUCCUAUAAAA